UCCACAUAGUCUUCACAGAAGGAGCAUUUUUUUAACAGCACCAUACAUGAUACAUUUAACAUGAUCGAAAUGGAAAGAGUAAGAUCUGGCCAGAGGUCUCCUGGAAAAGAUGACGUGUUGUGUAAUGUUAAAGCAUUGAGGUGUUUUCACAUCCACAGAGCUGCUUGGAUGCUAUAAUGAACUACAGGAAGUGGGAACAUUCCCGUCUGUUGGUAUGUGUUGGAUUUACUGUGUUUCAUUGCUUGAAAUGCUGCAAGUGAGUCGCUUCAGAUAACCGCAGACUGAGGUCUUUUCUUUUCAGUCAACUUGACGGCACAGAGGAUGGCAAACAUUUCUGAUGUAAACACAGAUAUCUGAUCAGGAAGCCUCCACCCAGUCCCUUUUUUGAGUUCCCAUACAAACAGUCUGAAAGCUGCUCUCCUUGUAUUGGGGUCUCUGGAACCAUCAGUAUAAAUGUGCAUGCUCAACACAGGCCACUGAGGAGUGGGAUGCGAGCAGAUAGUUGGCUCUCUUCUUCUUUUUGCCUCAUGGAGUUCACAAAGCUGAACGUCCCUGUUUGUUCCCAGUGCUGCUCUGUAAGACAUUUAGUUUGAGGUCCUUUUUUUUUUUUUUUUUUAUUCUGGUCGGAAUUGUAAAACUGGAUCCUUCUUAAAUACUCCGGUUCAGUAGGUGACAGUAUGCACCUUUUAAAUUAGGAUUGCAAUGCACAGUUUAGGUAUGCAACCAAAUGGAGGAUGUAAAUAUUAUAUUCAGAUAGAAACAGUCGAACGUGUACUCGGCCUACAUCAUUUUAGGAAAUAUACCAUGAGAGAUCUCCUCUUUCAGUAUUUAAAGAAGGCGACUUUUCAUCGUCAGGAUCAUUGGAGAUUUGGUAAAAGGGAUUGAGAAGGCCUCUGUUUUUUUAUUUUAUUUAUUCUCCUAUCUCCUGCUUUAUACUCCUGUACAGUUGGUGGCGUUAAUGCUCCUCUAAGCGACAGGAUGUAGUGAUGUAGUUUCCAGCUCUCUCCCAGUUAGCAUGUUUGGCAAAGGCUAAUAUCGUUGUGUGAGUAAUGUCAGGAGAGGCCAUCAGGGUUGAGUGUUCUUGUCCUUCUUUGACUUUUCUCUCUGUGUCAAAUGUCCGGGUUUGAGGAUCUUAAAGAUUUAUUCAGACGUCGGCUGCUCGAUGCGGCUCACAGAGACCCGAGAGGACAAACAACAACAUGUGGAUACGAAGAGGAGCUCCUCCGACAAAGACAACUACUGGAUGUGAUUUUAACUCCUGAAAUAAAGCUGCAGAGAACAGUGUUUCCUGCAGUUGUCCAGCUGCUGAUGGUGAAAAAAGAAGAGGUCCCCCCUGAGCAGCAGGAGUGUAGCCCCAGUCUGGACCAGGAGGACACUAAGCACUUUAAAGAGGGGCAGGAGGAACUCUCAAGAAGUCAGGUAGGAGAGCAACUACAAGGACGGGAGGAUGCUGAUACCAACAAGUUCCCCUUCACUCCUGUCCCUGUGAAGAGUGAAGAUGAUGAAGAGAAACCUCAGUCCUCACAACUUAAUCAGAGACAAAUUAAACAGAUGGAAACAGGUGCGGAUAGCGAGGACUGUGUAGGAGCAGAACCAGAGACGGACUCAGAUCGAGAAAGACAUUUACAACCAGAGAUCGAGGUCAAGACCGAAGACUCUACUGAGCCUGAGACAUUUGAAUGCAAUUAUUUGAGUCAGGCCAGAGAACAUCCCUCAGGUUUGAACUCUGUGGAAAGAAAUGAAGAUAAAGGACAAAAAACUGAUAAGACAUCCCACGAAUGCUCUGAGUGUGGUAAAACAUUCAAAAUGAAAUGUAUCCUGAACAAACACAUGAAAGUUCACACAGGAGAGAAACCCUUUAGCUGUUUAAAGUGUGGUAAAAGAUUUACUCGAAAACAUGGUCUGACAACACACAUGAUUAGUCACACAGGAGAGAAACCCUUUAGUUGUUCUGAAUGUGGGAAAAGAUUUAACAGAAAUGGUAGUCUGAAACUUCACAUGGUGCAUCACACAGGAGAGAAGGUCUUCAGUUGCUCGGAGUGUGGGAAAAUAUUUAAUAAUAAGAAUUGUCUGACCAGACACAUUUUAGUGCACACAGGAGAGAAACCCUUCAGUUGCUCUUUUUGCAGUAAGAGAUUUACCCAAAAGGGGCACCUGAUAUCACACAUGUUGGUUCAUACUGGAGAGAAACUGUUCAGGUGCUCCGAGUGUGGUAAAAGAUUUAAGCGUAAUUAUAAUCUGACAGUUCAUAUGACCUGUCAUACAGGAGAGAAAAGCUACACCUGUAGUGUUUGUGACCAAAGAUUCUUUUGGCACAGUCAGUUAAAAAGACAUGCUUGUGCUGGUGUUCAGGUAUUCGAUCUUUAUCAAAACCAAACUGAGGAGAAAAGAGAGAGAGAAACAGGAGCUGAUGAAGAGGACUGUGGAGGAGCAGAACCAGAGAGGGUCUCAGAUCCAGAGAGAAAAUUAAAACCAGAGACUAAGGUCAAGACUGAAGACCUUAAAGGUGACUGUAAGAAGACCAGAGAACAUCAUUCAGGUUUAAACUUGCUGAGACACUAUGACGUCUCCAAGAGUUCAGCAAUGUUUGAAUCUGACAGGAAACAACUUUUCUGCUUGGAGUCUGAUCAACUUUUCAGUGGAUCAUGUGAGAACCAGUUAACACAAAGAGAAUGUCUUUGCCAACACAUAAUAGUCCAAAGAGGGGAAAACAGAGGGUCAAGCAGGAGGACACAGAGCCUCCACUUGUUAAAGAGGAGCAGGAGGAAGUCUGGAUCAGUCAUGCUGAGACCACCAAGUUCCCCUUCACUCCUGUCCGUGUGAAGAGUGAAGAUGAUGAAGAGAAACCUCAGUCCUCAGAGCUUCAUCAGAGACAAAUUGAACAGAUUGAAACAAGAGCUGAUGGAGAGGACUGUGGAGGAUCAGAACCAGACAGAGACUUUAAUCCAGACAGUCAUUUACAGACAGUUUCUAUUGAUGAGACUCCACAUCUGUCUGGAUCUGAUACUGAUGACAGUGGUGAUUGGGAGAGGAGUAAUGAACCCCAGGAAGGUUUAAACCCUCUGCAAAACAAAGACUUACC